CGUCUGUGUGAUUACUUGCUCCAUCAGCCAGCAGAUUCCCCCGUUCGAAGACAUAUCCUAAGCUCUUACCAGCGUCAAUAGCCUGCCACCAUCAAGCAGCAUCGACCCAUAACGAAAGAGAAACGCAAGGCCCCGACUCGUCAGGAGGUAAACAGAUCAUCGUAAACAAACCGAGAUGCCCAGGGAGAUCAUUUCCCUUCAAGCGGGUCAGGCUGGGAACCAAAUCGGUUCAGAAUUCUGGAAGAAGCUAUGUGCGGACCACGGACUCUCACCGAACGGUACCGUCGAAGAAUGGGCUCAGGGUAGCACAAAUUCUCUCCCCUCGACACCCCUCAACGCUUCCGGCGAGUCGAGCGGUCCUUCCGGUUUUCACUCGCCAGCGGGGGAUAGGAAGGACGUCUUUUUCUAUCAAGCGGAUGACGAUCAUUACGUGCCACGUGCCAUUUUGAUAGAUACUGAACCUAGGGUCAUAAACCAGAUCCAGACAUCCGCUUUCAAAGAUUUGUACAACACUGAAAACGUCUACGUCAACAAGGAUGGAGGUGGAGCAGGAAAUAAUUGGGCUAAAGGUUAUGCAUUGGGAGAGGAAGGCCACGAAGAGAUGAUGGAAUUGAUCAAUCGGGAGGCGGACGGCAGUGAUAGCCUCGAGGGUUUCAUGCUCACGCAUUCGAUAGCGGGUGGGACAGGAUCCGGACUCGGUUCUUUCCUACUAGAACGUCUUUCGGAUUCGUUCCCAAAGAAGAUCAUCCAGACAUACUCGGUAUUUCCUGGAGUUGGCGACGUCGUCGUUCAGCCUUACAACAACAUAUUGGCCGCCAAGAGGUUGAUCGAGAAUGCAGACAGCGUGAUCAUGGUGGACAAUCUGCAACUGCACAAGUUGGUGGAGCAAAACAUGGAUCAGAAGGAAGCCAGCUUCAGGCAGACAAAUCAGUUGGUUUCAACCGUGAUGGCCGCUUCCACGACAACGCUGCGAUAUCCGGGAUACAUGAACAACGACCUCGUCAGCUUGGUAUCCUCGUUGAUCCCGACACCGCGAUGUCAUUUCUUGAUGACAGCCUAUACACCAUUUACCGGCGAUGAGAUUGACAAGGCCAAAUCUGUUCGCAAGACGACCGUACUGGAUGUUAUGCGGAGAUUACUCCAGCCCAAGAACCGAUUAGUGUCGACACCAAGCAACCCGAGCGAUGCUAGCUGUUACAUGUCGAUCCUAAACAUUAUCCAGGGAGACGUAGACCCGACCGAUGUACAUAAAUCCCUGCUGCGGAUACGAGAACGACAACUCGCGCGGUUCAUCCCUUGGGGAGCAGCUUCCAUACAAGUAGCGCUCGCCAAGAAAUCCCCCUAUUCCCCGUCGAACCAUCGAGUCAGCGGGUUGAUGCUGGCCAAUCAUACUGGUAUCGCUCACCGUUUCAGCCGUAUGCUCCGGGAGUAUGAUCAAACGAAGAAGUUCGGAUCGUACCUCCACAACUACAAAUCCGAGGCGAUGUUCAAAGACAACUUUGAUGAAUUUGAUCGAUCGAGGGAGGCGGUACAGGCCCUGGUCGACGAAUAUCGAGCGGCAGAGAAGCCUAAUUAUCCCGACUAUAUGAUUGACGAAGAUUGAUGGGCUUUUGGUUAUUGUUAUUCUAUCUAUUCUCCUUCGAUUUCUAUGUUGUAUGGAGGUCUUAACUUGUGAUCAUUUUCGGGCGCCGAUAUGCAGAUGGCCCUGCGCCGAGUCUUUGGAAGAAGGCGUUGUGUCUUUGGUGAUUAGAGUACUGCUCUGUCAUUGGAGAGGGA